AUUGCUGCAUGAUUGGCAUGCCGCAUGAUGGUUGAGAAGUUCCAUUGCAGAGUUUGAAGAAAUGGAACGAAAGAUGGUUGUGAACUUGUGGUAGAUGAAGAAAUAUCAGCAAAUCCUCUACGGCGGAUAAAAUAUUAGCGAAUGUUUAGGGCAAUUGGAGCAAAUUUGAGAGAGCCCUCAUGUGGUGGUCUACAUGCCCGAGACUUGUUGGGGCAAGUGGAUCUCAUAGGAAUUUUUUCACAUUUGAUGGCCGCAUUUCUUGUAAUCUGGACGACAAAAUUGUAGGGAUCUGUAUCCGUUAAAAUAUUAUCACGAGCAUUGAGCUAGAAAACAUGAUGGGUCUAAUGCGGGUAAAGGUCUUGCUUGAUUUACAGUAGCAGCAGUUAAGAAAGAAGCAUGUGCGCUUGGCUAGCAUCAAUGGUUGAUAUUACUUGACGAGAGAGAUGAUGAAAUCCAUUGGUUUAUCAUCAAUGUCAUAAUUAAUAAGAAUAAAGUGAUUGGGUGGAAUAAUAGGCCAUGGAAAUCGGGGGAAGGGAGGGGUGCUGAUUCUUCUUCUCCACAAUCGUUGGCAAAUGCAAAAACCUCAUACCAUGACAGCCAGUCAAGUUAUAACGCUUAACAGCAAUCAACAUCCAAACCCGUAUAUAUCUUAACUUCCCCGAUUAUUUUGCAAAUCUCUCUCUCUCUCUCUCUCUCUCUCGACAGAUGUUAAGAUUAUUCUCUAAUCAUUUUGUUUUUCUUUUCUCUGGUGUCUCUCUCUGGCAUCGUUUUGAUUCAGAUAUAGUACGCUAGAAUAUACGAUGAUUUGUUGAUAGAAUCUUGUGUGAAAGCAAAAAAAGGUAAACGUAGGGGAGGAGACAAGGAGGCUAGGGUGAGGAUUGGGUGGAAUGGAAGGAUUGGAUGGGCUGAUAGAGAGGCUGUUGGAAGGAAGGAGGAACAGAGGCAAACGGAUUCAGCUUGCAGAGUCCGAAAUCCGCAAGCUUUGUAUCAUUGCCAAAGACGUCUUCCUCAGCCAGCCUAUUCUCCUUGAAUUAGAGGCUCCCGUUAACGUUUGUGGUGACAUACACGGUCAAUAUCCAGACCUCUUGCGACUGUUCGAGUAUGGGGGUUUUCCACCAGAUUCGAACUAUCUGUUCCUUGGGGACUACGUGGACAGAGGAAAACAGAGUAUAGAGACUAUAUGCCUUUUGCUUGCUUACAAGAUCAAGUUUCCCGACAACUUUUUUCUUCUCCGAGGGAACCAUGAAUGCGCAUCUAUCAACAGAAUUUAUGGAUUCUAUGAUGAGUGCAAGCGCCGCUUCAGCGUCCGUCUCUGGAAGAUGUUCACUGAUUGCUUCAACUGUUUGCCGGUAGCUGCAGUGAUCGAUGACAAAAUCCUGUGUAUGCAUGGUGGGCUUUCACCCGAAAUGCAGAGCUUGGAUCACAUCAGAGCUAUAGAAAGGCCGGUGGAUGUGCCGGACCAGGGCCUAUUGUGUGACCUCCUUUGGGCGGAUCCUGACAGAGACAUCAAAGGGUGGGGUGAGAAUGACAGGGGUGUUUCCUACACCUUUGGAGCAGACAAGGUGGCUGAAUUCUUGAAGAAACAUGAUCUCGAUCUCAUAUGCCGUGCUCACCAGGUGGUUGAAGACGGUUACGAAUUCUUUGCAGACAGGCAGCUGGUUACCAUAUUCUCGGCACCAAACUAUUGCGGAGAAUUUAAUAAUGCGGGAGCCCUGAUGAGCGUGGACGCAAGCUUGCUCUGUUCCUUCCAGAUUCUCAAGCCCUGGAGAGGGAAAAUAGCGCAGCAGCUGGAAUAAGUAACCUCCCAACUCCAAGAAUUCCACACUUUGGCUGUGAUUUUAAGAGCAACUAAUUUGGUUUUAAAGAUUCGUUUUCUUCACUUGUAGUCUUUGCAGAUUCUGCAUUGUAACCGAGGGCGAGGGGGCAAUAAG